UUUCACUGCAACCAAUGUUUCCGAAAAGAUGGGGCCCAUUUCUUUGUCACCAGCUGUGGCCAUAUUUUCUGUAAAAAGUGUGUGACUCUGGAGACUUCCUUCAGUGCCAGAGAUCUUGAAUAGCCUCCUGGUCAGUCAUCCAGAAGCAAUUCUUCGCAUAAUUGACGAACUUGGCUUCCACUUUGGGAAGAGAACCACCUUUCUCUAUACUUGCUUGCAUUUUUGCUUUAAUGUCUUCUACACAACUAGGUCCUUUUGGUGUUUUAGGAAUUUUUUCCUGUUUUUUGAAGGAUUCUUGACCUUUUGAUUGUGGUGUUGAUGGUUUUGAGUCUUUUCCAUUCUGGUUUGAUUUUUGUGCAUUUUUGACUGGAGUAUCUUGUACAGAUUUCUUCACUGGAGCUUUUUCUUCAGUUUCCUCAUCAUCAAAGUCAUCAUCAUCAUUGUCAUCGUCGUUUUCGUCAUCAUCAUCUUCAUCAUCGUUGUCAUCUUCAUCAGCAGCAAGUUUUACUUUUUUCUGGGGAAACUCGCUACUACCUCCAGGGGCAGAUCCCUUUCCAGAUACACUUAAGAGUUUCACAUCAUCCCCCUCUUCUUCUUCUGAUUCUGCAUCUUCCUCCACAGCUACUAAGUGCUGCCCACUAAUAUGCACAGGCCCUGAACCACACUUCAACCUUAAGACCACAGGUGGUGUGAUUUCAAAGCCCCCAAGGGAAACUGUUGGCUGUACAGACAUUUUCAAUGUUGCCAAUGUUACUUUAAUUGGACUGCCUUCAUAAUUCAUUGCCUCUGCUUCAACAAGAAAAAUGUGCUGUUUGUGGAACUCCUUGCAAGCAUCUGGCUCUUUCUGAUAAUCUAAAACCUCAAGAGAAGAUGUUCUUCAAAAGCCCUGUGGAGACAGCUUUGCAGUAUUUUGGUCAUAUCUCUCAGGUAUGGAGUUUCCAGAAGAAGCAAACAGAUCUCCUCAUUGCCUUUUAUAAGCAUAGAAUUACAAAAUUAGAAGCAGCCAUGCAGGAGGCACAGCAAACAGUGGCUAGCCAGGACAAAGAGUUGUCAACUUUAAGAAAGGAGAAUGGAGAACUGAAGAAAUUUCUAGCCAUAGUAAAGGAAUCUCCAAGUCGGUACCAAGGAAGCAGGCUGACCACACCUCGACCAGUGGGCAUUACUUCCCCAUCGCAGUCAGCUACUCCACGACUCAGUUUCCAGCAUAGCAGCCAAGUGGUCAGUCGGUCCUCCUCUGUGGAGUCUAUCCCUUAUAGAGUGGCCAGCUUUGGUAGUAUGGGCCAAGGAAGCAGAGGACUGCAGGGAAGGAGCACUCCCAGAGACUCUUAUACUGAAACCCCUUCACCAGCUUCAACUCACAGCCUAUCUUACAGACCUUCAUCUGUCUCCUCUGGACAGGGAAUUUUGUCUUUCAAGCCAUAUCUAAAUGGGGAUUCAGGCCAUACAAGAGUCCUCACCCCCAGUAAUUCUGGUCAGAGAGAGAGCAGAACCACACUAGAGAGUCUUCCAGGUUUCCAGCUACCAGUCCUGCAGACUCUCUACCAACAGAGGCAGAUGGGGUUAGCCAGGGAGAGAGAAGCAUGGAGCACUUCCAGAUAAACCAUCAUCAAGGUCUGAUCUAUACAUAUUGCUGAAGGAUGGACUAUAGAAUCCACUACUCAUUAGCAGAGAUGACCUUGGAAAAUGUACCCCUGCUUUUUUUCCUGGUUUCAUUUUGUACCUUAUUCCCUUUUGAUCUUUAUACUUGAUAUUACCUCUCAGGAAAGUAGUAAGGUCUUUGAUAAGACUAAUGCUAAGAUGUUUAUUUCUUCCCCAGAAAACACAUGCUAACUUCUUUCAUUUCCUAACAAUUUGAAACUAAGGCUAUAAAAAUAAUUUUUGGCAUUAUGCUUGGAAGUGAGGAGACUAGAUAAUAUACUCAUCAACUUGUUUCAUUUCUGGAUUUCAUUUUUUAGCUUUGGGUAUAUUUUAUCAUUGCCCAUAUUAACAUGUACCAACUCUGUUCUUUACCCUAUUAUAUUAUGCUUUUCCUAUUUUUUUUUGUUUCCUGUAUGCCUAUUUACUAUUAAAUAUGUUGUUUUCCCUUUGUUAAAAUAAUUGGAUACACAGAUUUGCAACUUAUUGAAGUAGACAGAUAAUAAAGUAGAUAUUCUUUUA